AUGCAAGUCGGUCAGCCUGAUUCGGCCAACUGCAUACUCUUCCAAGUAUUCAUUGCAUGUGUCGCUCAACUCUGGAUGGUCUACCGACUAGCGUUUUUGUCUCGGCUUUGGUCCGAUGGACGUCAAAUCAGCAUUUCUCGCGAACAAGAAAUGACUGCAAACUUUGCUGUCCUGGUACCGGGCGAUGUCGAAUGGGUGAGGGAGAAUUCGAGAAGAAGGCAAUCGCAUCCGCGGCCAGUAUGGAUGUCUAAUACCUGCCUUGUCCGCCUGUACGGUGCCGAUCCUACGCCAGUCGACCCGUAA